AUGGAUAUUGAAGUAUUAAUUGCUGCAGUAUUCAAAAGAACCCCUAUAUGGGAUAAAAGACAUAAGUUGCAUAGCAACCGAAAUUCAGUGGACAGGUAUUGGAAGGAAAUAAGUAAUGAAAUAAUUGAAGAUGAGGCCAAAGUGAGAAAAAAGUGGAAAUACCUACGUGACCAAUUUUCGGUUGAAUUGGGGAAGUUGCCUGUUAGACGUUCAGGAGAUGCUGCAGAAGAUGACCUGCAAUCUAAAUGGCCAUAUUUUUCGCAGCUUCUCUUUCUGAAGGACAUAGUGAAACCAAGAGCUUCCAGCGGAAAUUUAUCUAGUGGUAGGAAAUCCACCCAGCAAACUUAUGAGUAUGACGCUAGCCAAGCCUCUACUGGAGGUGAUCGUCUUGACGAAGAUGAAGAUGACAACCAAACCACACAAGAUUCCAACCAAGAUGAGAUUGUUUCCGAAAAUAUUGAAGAGGGUGGCACCGAAAAUAAUGAAGAAAAUGGUACCGAAAAUGUUAAAAAGGAUAGUGUACAUAAUAACUUAACUUCUCCAGCAAGUACCUCGACUGUGACCCCUGUGACUAAAAGAAGACGAACACUAAAUGACACAUUCAACGCUUCUGUAUUAGAAAUUGAAAAACGUAAACUGGAAUACCUUGAGGCAAAAUCCAAGAGAAAUAAGGACCAAGAGGAUGAGCAUCUCCUGUUUUUCAAAAGUCUCUUACCUCAUGUGAGAAAAAUUCCACAAUCCCGAAUAUUAUCGUUUAGAUGUCGGGUUCAGGAAUUGGUCAACCAGUCAGCAUACAAUGAAACAGCAAUCUGUACACAACCAUCAACUUCUUCUUCGCCAUUUUCUUGUUCAAACUCCUCGGGCUAUGGAGUACCAAACCAGAAUAUUCCCCCAUCAGAUGACAAUACUACUGCAUACAAUUUCUCACUAACGGAUUAUACCGAUUUGUAA